CUCGCGCACGUUCCCGGGGUUCCGGGCCCGAGAGCGCCUCGGCGGUCGCGCGCGCGCUACCCUACCGGGUCCCCGCCCCUAGGCGCAUCCGGCUCCCCAGCCAUGUGCUCGUUAGCGUCGGGCGCUACCGGCGCGGUGGCGGAUGAGGAGGACCUUCCUGAACUGUCAGACAGCGGUGACGAGGCCGCCUGGGAGGAUGAGGAUGAAGCCGAGGUGCCCCGCGAGAAGCAGCAGACCCCCUGCCUGUUCUGUGACAGGUUAUUUACAUCUGCUGAAGAAACAUUUUCACACUGUAAGUCUGAACAUCAGUUUAAUAUUGGUAACAUGGUCCAUAAACAUGGACUUGAAUUUUAUGGAUACAUAAAACUAAUAAAUUUUAUUAGACUUAAGAAUCCUACUGUUGAGUAUAUGAAUUCCAUAUACAACCCAGUGCCUUGGGAGAAAGAAGAGUAUUUGAAGCCUGUACUAGAAGAUGACCUUUUACUUCAAUUUGAUGUAGAAGAUCUUUAUGAACCGGUGUCAGUCCCAUUCUCAUACCCCAAUGGACUCAGUGAAAAUACAUCUGUUGUUGAAAAAUUGAAACAUAUGGAAGCCAGGGCACUGUCUGCUGAAGCUGCAUUAGCUAGAGCACGUGAGGAUCUGCAAAGAAUGAAACAAUUUGCUCAGGAUUUUGUGAUGAACGCAGAUGUCAGAACUUGCUCGUCAUCUACUGCCAUUGCAGACCUCCAGGAGGAUGAGGACGGUGUUUAUUUCAGCUCAUACGGGCAUUAUGGGAUACAUGAAGAAAUGCUAAAGGACAAAGUCCGAACAGAAAGUUACCGAGAUUUUAUAUAUCAAAAUCCACAUAUCUUCAAGGACAAGGUGGUUUUGGAUGUUGGUUGUGGAACUGGAAUUCUUUCGAUGUUUGCUGCUAAAGCAGGUGCAAAGAAGGUUCUUGGAGUUGAUCAGUCUGAAAUAAUUUACCAGGCAAUGGAUAUUAUAAGACUAAAUAAACUUGAAGAUACUGUUACAUUAAUUAAAGGAAAGAUUGAAGAAGUUCAUCUUCCUGUAGAAAAGGUGGAUGUUAUUAUAUCUGAGUGGAUGGGCUAUUUUCUUCUUUUCGAGUCUAUGUUAGAUUCUGUACUUUAUGCAAAGAACAAAUACUUGGCAAAAGGAGGAUCAGUCUACCCUGACCUUUGUACUAUCAGCCUUGUUGCAAUAAGUGAUAUGAAUAAACAUGCUGAUAGAAUUGCUUUUUGGGAUGAUGUCUAUGGCUUCAAUAUGUCCUGUAUGAAGAAAGCAGUUAUUCCAGAAGCUGUUGUGGAAAUUUUAGAUCCGAACACUCUUAUUUCAGAUCCUACGAGUAUUAAGCAUAUAGAUUGCCAUGUAACAUCUAUCUCAGAUUUGGAAUUUUCUUCAGAUUUCACCCUGAAAAUCACAAAGACAUCCUUGUGCACGGCAAUUGCUGGCUACUUUGAUAUAUAUUUUGAGAAGAAUUGCCACAAUAGGGUCAUGUUCUCUACGGGCCCCCGGAGUAGCAGAACACACUGGAAACAAACAGUAUUUCUAUUGGAAAAGCCAUUUUCAAUAAAAGCAGGUGAAGCCGUGAAAGGAAAGAUCACAGUUCACAAGAACAAGAAAGAUCCGCGUUCUCUUAUUGUGACCCUCUCCUUGAAUAAUUCAACUCAAACUUACGGCCUCCAAUGAAAAAGCAUAAGUUUUUAAUGUGGGGGCAGGGUGGGAGGGCUAGAGGGAGAGGUUUUAUAUGAGUACAUGGAUGAUGGGUUCUUUCCAUGAUUCUCCUCAAGAGAAGUAGCUAGGGACCUAAUGUAAUUCAGCUGAGGAGAACUAGCUGAUCUGCUUAUGUCAUUUUUGAAAAUCUGGUCAGGUCGAUUUAACCACUUGCAGUGUUUCCACUGAGUUUAGCUGUACUGAAAAUUAUUUGAAUUAACCUAAAUUUGGAACAGGAGUAACCUUUGUUGUUUUUAGUAAGUUUCCUACUAUAAAUUUUAAACACAAGUAAUUGAUUAGUUAUUCGAAUAAUGUUUUGUUAAUCUAGUAGCCACACACAAGGUACUCGACAUUUUAUUGCAGAUAUCCUCUCUGUUAGUGGAUUUUAAUUGUAUUAUUGACUAAAAUAUCAGGAUAUAAUAAAGAACCAGUGUAAGAAACUUAAAAUAUAGAAAAGAGAACAUCAGCUUUCUCAUGCAAAUCCUUUAAAGACAACUUAAUUGACUAUCUAGUAAACUAUAGUUCUGAUUUUGUAGUUUCUUCCCUCUUUGCAAUAUUCUUUAUAUAGUUUUCUAGUAUUGCCCAGGAAAUCUAAUUAAAUAUUUAUCCUGCGUUUCAUAAGUUUUUAAAAGAUUGCAAUAAAUAUGUUCUUAUCUACUAAUAUAGCUUUUCAAACUAGAUUUAUGUGCAACAUUAAGUGUGUAACUGUUAACGUACUUCAUCAUUAUAAAUUGGGAUUUCAGUGGACUCAGCUUGAAAUGUACAAUGAAACAUAUUCAAUAAAGUAUGUGCAACAACCACUAACAUUAUAAAAUGGUAUUUCAACAAAUAGCCUUUUGAAAAAUCAGAAGCAUUUAAAAUAAAUCUUAACAUAGGAAUCAUUUUUAAGAAAAAGGGAUUAUAAGAAGUGGGUCACAUGUUUUUCUAGUUCAAUAGCUGGUUCUUUUUCAAAACAAGAGUAUACAAGACAGUAUAACAUAGCGUUAAGAAUCACGAGUCAGUGCCUAUAAGGAAAGUCUGGCUCCAGCUCUUAUUUGGUGUGUGUGAUCUUAGUCAUGUUCCUUCACCUCUUUCCUUUCAUGUAUAUGCCAGUUCGUUGCUUAAUGCAUUCCAGUACUUAGAUCAGUACCAGCCAUAUCAGAAACACUCAGUGCAUGCUCAGUGGUAGUAACAGCAUCGUGAUACUGUCAAGAACUCUUUCCAAAGAGUAUAUUCCAUCUUUUAAAUCAGUUUGAAAAGGUCAACUUCAUCAAAUAGAAAUUACAGCAAGGCUUGGAAUACGGUUUCACUUAAUGUCAUUUUAUUAGAAUUUUGAUUAGGAAAAAAUUUCUGACCAACUUUGAACAAAAUGAUGUUAAAAAAAAGAAACAUGAAAAAGGUUUUCUUUGCUUUUUAAGUAAUUUACCUAGGAAGCAAAAGAUUUUGUAUUUCAUAUCUUUACAGGCAGGUCUUUAAGUAAAUUUAGUCUUGUUAGUACUGAACUAAGUUUUGCCUAAAACUCUAUGAAGCUUCUAUAAAUGCCUUUGAAAUCUUUUGUCAGUUUGGUUAAAUAAAUAGCUAAGUGUUAGUUCAUAAUCAUCUGUUACCUCAUUUAGUCUGAUGUUUCUAAGAUCUUUUGAUACUUUGGACAAAGUUUCCCAAAUCAAAUUAUAAGUGAAAUCUUGACUUGUUACUGUAGGGUGUUUUUCCAGAGGAUUCCUAGAACAGCAUCCCAUAAACUUUGUAAUGGUUUCUUUAUAAAAGAGGAGGUUCAACAAAGUAGGCCUGGUAUGUGAAAUUGCAUGGGAAGUAGUAUCAAGUAAGUAAUAGUAAGCCUUUUUAACUUAUAUUUAUGUGGACAUGAAAUAUUAAUAAGAGUUAAAAUUUAUAUAAACUUCCUAAAAGUCUUGAUAUGUUCUGAUGUAAUAUUAUUUCUUGACAUUCUGGUUAUUAUUUUGAAAUAUUGUAUGCCACAGAAUUAAACAAAUUUCAGUCAAUCGCAUUAUCAAUCUUUAACAGGUCAUUUUAAAGGUUUUAUUAGUUAUAGAAGUCAUAUUAUUUAUUCUGUUGUUUCUAUCAGUAUGUUUCAUGUUCAGACAGAUUCACAGAAAUGAUUUUGACAAAACUGUAGACUAUAGGUCAUCAUAAAAGUGAAAUGGGUCAAAACUUCCAGAAGUUAUGGAAAGGCUGGACUUGGAGCAGAUUAAAUACAUGGACUGAAUGACUUACUAAAGGUGAUCAUAACUUUUAUUUAAAUGUUGUUAAAACUGAAUUACUUGUUUUAACUUAGGAAUUAAUAUGUAAUUGUAAUUAAUGAUUUUCAUUACAUCAAAUGUAACAUAAGUUUAGCAAUAGGGAGAUCAUUGUGGUAUAAAUGGAAAUUUAAAACAAAAUAGCCUUUAGAUGUGAGAAAGUAAAUAUUUCAAUCUUUUUCAAUCAUUUAUGUAUAUAAGUAGGUAUAUACAUACACUCUUCUAAAAUAUUUUAAUAUGCUCCACUCGACAUACUGACAAAUGAAUCAAAUCAAGAUUUAGAAGAAUGAGAUUCUUGUUAGAAACCUAGUAUUUUCAAAACCAUCAAUUUAUGUCUAAAUAAAGUAAUAUAAACUGUCCAUUUUGAACUGUUUACUAUUUGAAUUAUAGAUAUUUAGAGUAUUGUAUUGGCAUGACUUUGGGUUUAAAAAUUGGGACAAUGGAAAAUAGGUCUUUGCACUUUUGUUUUGACAUGUAUUUACUUUUCUAAGUAAUGGUUUACUAUUGAACUGUCAUAGUAUCCUGUUUUGAGUUUAUUUACUUAAGCAUUAUCAUCUAACCACUUUUGAAAAUAAAUUAACUUUUACACAAAGUACAUAGACUCAAAAUUUUAAAAUGUAUGGCAGUACAUGCU